CGGAAGUGAUCCUCCGGAAGCAGCAUGGCUGCUCCCUUGACCUGGCCAGGCUCUGCCCGCUGAACCGCUGACAAGAUGCAGUCAGAUGAUGUUAUCUGGGAUACAUUAGGAAACAAGCAAUUUUGUUCCUUCAAAAUUAGAACCAAGACUCAGAGUUUUUGCAGAAAUGAAUACAGCCUGACCGGACUGUGUAAUCGGUCGUCUUGUCCCCUGGCAAACAGUCAGUAUGCCACUAUUAAAGAAGAGAAAGGACAGUGCUACUUGUAUAUGAAGGUUAUAGAACGAGCAGCUUUUCCUAGGCGUCUCUGGGAACGGGUCCGGCUUCAUAAAAACUAUGAGAAAGCAUUGGAGCAAAUAGAUGAAAAUCUAAUUUAUUGGCCCCGUUUCAUUCGACAUAAAUGUAAGCAGAGAUUCACCAAGAUCACCCAGUACCUAAUUCGAAUUCGAAAACUUACACUAAAGCGACAGAGGAAACUUGUUCCUUUGAGUAAGAAGGUAGAGCGCAGGGAAAAAAGAAGAGAGGAAAAGGCAUUAAUAGCAGCUCAGCUGGACAAUGCCAUCGAAAAGGAAUUGCUGGAGAGACUGAAACAAGAUACGUAUGGCGACAUCUACAACUUCCCCAUCCAUGCCUUCGACAAGGCCCUGGAACAGCAGGAGGCAGAGAGUGACUCUUCAGAUGCUGAGGAAAAAGAUGAUGAAGAAGAUGAAGAAGAUAUGGGGAAGAGAGAGUUUGUGGAGGAUGAUGAAGUGGACAAGAGCGACAUAAGUGAUUUUGAGGAUAUGGAUAAACUGGACGCCAGCAGUGAUGAAGACCAGAAUGAUACACCCUCCAGUGAGGAAGAGGAAAAGGCCCUAGAUACCACACACAAAGGCAAAGCGCCCUUGAAAGGACCUUUGAGGAGGAAGAGAGCAUACGUAGAGAUAGAGUACGAGCAGGAGACAGAGCCUGGGGCCAAGGCCAAAACCACGUGAUUUCCCAUCAGACAUUUAUAAACAGGACUGAACAUUCUGAACCUUUUUUUUUUUUUUUAUCUUAAACACAUAUACACUUACGGGGUUUGCUCUUUAUCUUGUUUUUAACACAAUAUUUGCGUUUUUAAUAUUUAUGCUACUUCUGUGGGGCAAAAAAUCUGGGAGGGAGUAGAGAAAAGCCUAAAAUGUGAACAAAGUAUUUUUAAGGCAUUGUUACAUGUGCUCAAGUAACAGCUUGAGCCCAAGAAGCCUAACAGCUGAGUUUGUGGGUGUAAAUGUUUCUAAAUUUUAAACCUACCUACCCGGUUUCCUUGGUAUCAUCCCCCUUGCACUCCUCCCCCUCCCCCCUUUAUUUAGAAAUGUCCAGACCUCAAUUUCUUCCUAUCCUCCUUUCCCUACUUCUGUGGGAGUGAAAAGGAAAGAAGGAAAAAGAAGAUCUAAGUUAUAAUGUAUGGUAUAAAUAUACCUUUUUCUUCAAAUAAUUCCACUUAAAACAACUGGAACAGAAAGAAAAUCCUUUCCUCUUCAGGAAAGUAAUACAAGUCUUAAGUUGCGUCAUAGGAAGUGCCUUCAGAAGCCCGCUGCACUCUUCGGAUGCAGUUCCCCACCUUACUGUCUUCACAGCUUUGGGAGAUUUUAGCCAGGAGACCCUGAAAUAUGAAACCAAACAGGCUUUGGUUUUUUGUUUUGUUUUGUUCUCUUUUUUGGGGGGGGGCAGGGGUAUGUGUUUUUUAUCUUUCUUGGUACCAUACUCAAAGAAGGAAAGAACAGGUGACACUACGGCACAGUUCACAGAACAGGUGUAACUUUAGAAACAGGAAAUGUCCUGCUGGUGCACAAAGAAGCAGCUUACUACCAGCCAGGGUGAAUCAGAUUAGAUCUAGGGCUUGAAAACUGCCCGAGAUUAAAAAAGGCAAGAUGAAAUAAUUUGAAUAAACUAAUAAUAAACCAUACUAUCCCUGAAUGUUUUUAGGAUAUGAAUUUCUUUUCAUGCUGCCUUAUAACUUUCAAUUGAAUAUUUCUAAAUGGGCUAAGAAAUGAGAAUAAUUUAUAAACUUUGUAUACAUUGAUACACAGCUAUUAAUAUGCUAUGGCUUUGAGAAGUUAACUUCUGUGGAAUAUGAGACCAAAGGAAGAACUCCCAUUGUGGAUAAAUAAGCAUGUGGAAAACAUAGUUGGCACCGAAAAACGGAAAACAUCUGUGGUAUCUGAAUUACGUACUCUACCUAUUAGUACUCCUUGGUGGCUUAUAGCCCAUUAUUUCAAUCUUUUCUCUUUGCUUUUUUCUUUGCUUUUUUAAAAAUUCAGACCACUAGAACAGAACUUAAAUUUUACAAACUAUUGAUCAUGAUCCUUUUGCCCAUUCUCUGUCCUAGCUUCAGAAACAUCUGCUGAUCCUGUUGCCUUUCAGGCUAAACAUUUCUGAAUAGCUUUAAAGGAAGGGUAAGGUAUUGAUCAAACUCUGUUGAAGGCUGAACCCUCCAUGUUCAUUCACAGACUUGGUCAGGCAUGUAAAUGGUAAAUUAGAAUCACAGGAAUUACCUGAGGAUGAUGAGGCCAAAAUGAAACCGAGUCGCAGACUGUCCCUUACCUUCACCUGCCCUUGAGAGCAGCGGUCCAGCAGUAUCAGGCAGUCUGUGGCCUCUUCUAACAAGGCGCUCUUAACAGACUCGGGUGUGAGGCUUGAAUCCCUUGCUACAUCACAUAUCAGUUUCAAGAGAGCUUUCAAUAAGACCACAAGUCUACAGGAAAUUCUGGAAUCGAGAAGAAAAAUGAUGUCCACACUGAAUCAGGAUGUUAAAACUGAAAGAGACGUUGAAGGCCAUCUAGUAUAAAGUCCUUCUUUCAUAAAUGGAGGAACUGAAUUCAGAAUUUAAGACAACAGAGCUGGAAGCAUAACUAGAGACCAGACUCCAGGUUUCUGAACUUCUAGGCCCUUGUUUUUUCUACAGCAUGCUGCCCAUACACUCCGACACUCUGGCCUGCCCAAGAAUACCUGGUUUCCCUCCAGAAGCAUGGUUCUACUGUAAGGAAAUAGCCCCUCCUGAAAAGGGAAAACUGGUACCUCCUUUACCAGGGGCCUAUGCUUUUGGCCAGAAAACAGGAAAUGGCCCAUAGUUCUUUAGCUUUGAUGCAGUCUUAGGCCUGGAGGUUAAAAAUAUAGUGAGGGAAAUAAGCUUGGCUUUUGAGACUUGUGUCAAUUUGAAUUUUCUGUCACUUUAAUUCUGGAUCCUAGAUUACCACUACUUAAGCCCAGUCUAUUUACUUCUACUUAGCCUUUCUAAAAGUUUUUAUGAUGCUGAUUACACAAAAUUGUAAAUGCACUUAAUGCCACUGAAUUGUACACUUUAAAAUGGUAAAUUUUAUGUAUUUUUUAACCACAAUAAAAAAAACUAUAAAGCCUUAA